UCCUUAUCCCGACACACUUCUUCCUUCAGCACGGUAGAGAGAUAGAAGACCCAAGCCAUGUCUUGCAAUUCAAUUUCACUCUCGUUCCUCCAGAGCACUUGGGCCACUACCCGAACCCAGCAACUUUGCGAUGGGACCCGACCCAGUUCACUUCCUGCUUUAGCUCUCCACCCUCGGCGUCUCGUGGUUGAAGCCAAGUCCAGAACUCGAACCCAGGACAGGACUGCUCGCCAUGCUCGUAUCCGUAAGAAGGUUGAAGGGACACCUGAAAGACCAAGAUUAUGCGUUUUUCGCUCCAAUAAGCAUAUUUACGCUCAGGUGAUUGAUGAUUCGAAGAUGCAUACUCUUGCUUCAGCUUCUACUAUGCAGAAACCCAUCUCAGAGGAGUUCGACUAUAGCUCAGGGCCAACUAUUGAUGUUGCUAAAAAAGUGGGUGAAAUUCUUGCAAAAACUUGUCUUGAAAAAGGGAUAACGAAGGUGGCCUUUGACCGAGGUGGUUACCCCUACCAUGGGCGGAUUGAGGCCCUUGCUGAUGCCGCUCGGGAGCAUGGUUUGCAGUUUUGAAGUUGAAAUUCUUCCUAAUGCUAAUCUUUCAUGACUAUUUUGGUCUGUGAAUCAUUGCAAGUGAAGAACGCAUGAAAAUAGCCCUGAAUUUCGACAGCUCUUUUUCAUCGUGUUAAUCUGUAAUUUCUUGUGAAACUUUAGUAUGAAAAGGGAAAUUGAUGAUCACUUUGUUGUAUCAUGGUGAUAUUUAAUCCACAUUCCUUGAAUAUAUUACCUUUUUUC